GGCAGCGCUGUCCUACCAGACACGACGCUGACCCAACCUACGCACAGUGCGUCUGACGUCACUUCCUGCCCGCUACUCUCCUCCCGCUGCGUAGGCGGGCAGCACACGCGCUGUUGUUGUGAUUGGUGAGACGGAGAGGAGUCAUGUUGAACUUUCGUUUUGUUGCCUUCUCUCCGUCACAAUAAUAUGUUUUGAGUGACUAGACAGAGAUGUCCGAAAUACUGAUGAAGGAAAUGGACAGCAUCACGAUAAAGGCGGAGGAGGUUGGAGACGGUGGACGGAGCUUCCUGCUGGUGGACGAAGAAGAAAACCUCCAGGUCCGCGACGAGUCCGAGUUUGUGGACAGACUCGGCUGCGGGGACGUGGCGGGGGUCAAGGUCAUCUCUAUCUUUGGCAACACCGGCGACGGCAAGUCCCACACCCUCAACCACAUCCUGUUUGGCGGCGAGAGCGUGUUCUACACCUCCAAGUCCCCCAACUCCUGUACGGUGGGAGUGUGGGCAGCGUAUGACCCCACCCUCGGCCUGGUCUCCCUGGAUACCGAGGGCCUGCUGGGGGCCGCGGCCAAUCAGAACCAGAGAAUGCGGCUGCUGCUGAAGGUGUUGGCCGUGUCUGAUAUCGUGGUCUAUCGUACGCGGGCCGAGCGCCUCCACAACGACAUGUUUCAGUUCCUGAGCAACGCCUCGGGGGCCUACCUGAAGCACUUCACCCCGGAGCUGAGGGCCCUGUCCAGCCGCUGCGGCCUGGACGUGCCCCUCUCGUCUCUUGGUCCAGCCGUCAUCGUCUUCCAGGAGACGACGCACACCCAGUUACUCGGCUAUGAUUCCAAGGGGGCCGGCCAUGCCGACACGCUGCUCCAGAAGCGUUUUCACGAUCUGGGCUUGGGGACCGAGGCCUUCAGCUCGGUGCAGUACGUCGGCACCCAGACCAUCACGCCUCCGACUGACUACAGCAGGCUGCUGGAGGCCGUCGGGCAGCAAGUGAAGAACACUCACACACGCUCCCCCCGCCAGCCCGGGAUAGUGUUCCACGCACUGGAUGCCCUGAGUGAGCGUUUCUGUGGAGAGCUGUCGGACGAUAAGAUGACCCCGUUCUCCUUCUUCCCAGACGAGUACUUCACCUGCUCGGCCGUCUGCCUCAGCUGCAACGUUCGCUGUAAAAACGGAAUGAACCAUCUGAGAGACCGGGUCCCCCACAUGGCCGAUGGACUGUGCCAGUACGUACACCAGUUCAACAACAAGGUCCUCAUCUGUAAGAGGUGCUACGAAGGAGGCAGAGAGGUGAUCGUCCUGCCCAAGACGUCGGCUUCCACCGACAACCCGUGGUUUGGGCUGGCCAAGUACGCCUGGUCAGGAUAUGUGUUGGAGUGUGCCAGCUGUGGUGUGAUCUACCGCAGCAGGCAGUACUGGGUGGGGAACCAGGACCCUGAGAGCGGCGUGGUGCGAUCUGAGGUCAAACAUGUCUGGGAAGGGUCGGACACCUUUCUGACCAACCACCAGAACGCCGCCCAGAGGGUCCUGGACGGGAUGAACUGCGUCAUCCAGUCCGUGUCCGAGUACAGCACCGGGCCCACCAAAGCGGUCGCCGCCUGGGUCACGGACCAGGUGGCGCCGCCGUACUGGAGGCCCAACGCAGAGAUCACUGCCUGUCAUGGCUGUCGGAAAGUGUUCGAGGAGGCGGAGAGGAAGCACCACUGCCGAUCGUGCGGCGAGGGCUUCUGCCACCCCUGCUCCAGCCACAGGAUGCCGGUGCCAGAGAGAGGCUGGGGCAGCGCCCCCGUCAGGGUGUGCAAGGCCUGCUACCAGCAGGGGGGGCCGGCAGACACCAACAGCCAGGUGUGUAAGGUGGAGCCUCGCGGGCUGAUAGCUCGCAGGGUGACGGAGGUGGCCCAGUCGACACUGGACAUGGUCACGACCGCCGUGGACUACCCGCUCUGCUUUGUGAAAGACGUGGCUCGGCCGGACUACUGGGUGCCGGACCAGGACAUCGCCCGGUGCCACCAGUGCUCCAAGACCUUCACCCCCAUCAUGUCCAAGCACCACUGCAGGGCCUGCGGACAGGGCGUGUGCGGCGCGUGCUCCGCUCGCGUCAAGCCCGUGCCCUCCCGGGGCUGGGACCACCCGGUCCGGGUGUGCGACGGCUGCCACGCCCGCACCGAUGUCCUGUGAUGAACCCGGCGAAGACCCCCCUGAAGGCCCCCCCCCCCCCCCCUCGGCCCGGAAGAGACGGGUCGUCGGGAAGGAGCCGGUUCAAUCGGGUGCUGCCUUUGGGAUCCGCUUCACAUCUCAUUCGCCUCCCUCGGGCCGCGAGGUAAAAACUCAACGCACCUCUUCUCAAUCCGCGCUGUAACGGCGGAGCUUUCACUCCCGACUGUGGUCGUCCUCCUUCAGUCCUUUUGGGUCAGUUUUCAGGUCGAGAUGAAAAGGUGGCGAGAACGCGCGAAGGGGACGCUUUUCAAAGGACCGAGCCGCUGCAGAGCGCUCACAAAGGUGGAGCUUGUUUUAGGUGAUUCUGUCCUCUAAGUCUCUCUGAGGUAUGAAUGAAAGCACAAGUGCCUUUGUGGGAAUGGUGAUUCCCAUUUCCACAGCUCAUCAGAAUUCUUCUGUAUGUGCAAUAAGUCAUGAGAUUAUGUGCCUACUUAGAGAGCAGAGUAAUGUACAGGCUCGCUGGUCUAACUCUUACAGAUGGGUCCACAGCGGGGGGGGGGGAUAGGAAGAGGAAAUCUUUAGCACAACACAUCACAGACAUUCCAAUGCAUGGGCAUACGUGUGUUCUGAUGUAAUGAGGUUAUUGUAAAAAGUUGAAAUGAUGUUGCGCCUCUGAAGCUUUCUUAAUAUUUACUGAAUGCACCUGCACUAGACGGCACACUCGUGUGGAUGGAAACUUACAAACGUCAAAAAGAAAUGCAUUUAAUCUGUGUAUAAAUAACCGUAUUGUUUUUAUUUUUUUCUUUCUUAAACCCGGCUCAUCUAUGAAUCUAUUCCACUGUUCUUUCCUCCUCCUGUCUUAUCUCUUCAUAAUAAUCAUGCUUUAUAAAUGGGUCACAUUGAAAGACAAUAUGGUAAUAACACGAUAGUAACUGUCAAUCAAAUAAUGACAAAUCUGCUAAAUAAGUCCGAUGAUGAGGCUGAAAUCUGUAGAUACAUUAGUUUAUUUUCCCUGCAGGAUGCAGACUUACUGUUUGAUGCUUCACUAAUAGAAAUAUGUUCUUCCCUGAAACAACCUGUAUGUGGAUAUUGUAUUAAUUAGUACCUCUGUUUUGCUUUUCUUUAAAGUAAUACAUGUCAGGGGGUUAUUUGCAGCCGGAUUAAAAAGUUUCACCCAUA